GAAAAUGUUAGAAUUCGAUUCCAUUAAAAAUGCAUUCAAAGAUAAAUACACAAAUCCUUAAUUAAUAGGAACAGGAACAUUCUCAAAAGUGUUUAAAUGCAAUACAAAAAACAAUGAAUUUGUGGCAAUCAAAGUAAUAGCAAUACUUUUCUAUAGAUUGUUGAUUUAGAAAGGAUUUAAAAUGAGAUCAUCCCCUACAUGAAAAACGAAAUAGUUUUGCUUUCGACCAAUUAGAAUAAUAAUAUAGUUUAGUUGAUUGAGGCUGCUCAAUAUCAAUAAACAUUACUUCUUGUUUUAGAGGUAUCUGAAAAACUUUAUUAUAUUUCAGUAUUGCUGCAUUGAUGCUUAAAGCAUGUUGAUAAAAUGGUUUAAAAGAACUAUACCUGAAGAUUUAGUAAUCAUCAUAUUUCGCUAAUUGGUAAAUGGGUUGCAUUCUUUACAUAAGAAUAAGAUCAUACACAGAGAUAUCAAAUUGGCUAACUUAGGAGUGAAAUUAACUACAGAAGAGGAGUAGAGAUUAAUUUAAAAUAAUGAUCUAAGCGUCUUUUACAAUGCAUAAUACAAAUUGCUGGAUUUUGGUUUGGCUAAGUAAUUAACUAAUGAGGAACUCACUAAUACAUAUGCUGGAACUGAGUAAACUAUGGGUAAUUAGAAUUAAUAAAUAUUAGCUCCUGAAAUUAUAUUAGAGUUACCAUAUUCUAUCAGUGCCGAUAUGUACAGUUUAGGGGUUAUUAUAUUUUAAUUGAUAACUGGACAGUUACCAUAUAAGAUGGUGAAAGGAUGUUUGGAGGUGGUAAAGUAUGAAAUGGCAAAUUUUCAAUUGAUCUAAAGGGAAGCCCUUAGAACAGUCGUUCAAAAAAUGCUUAAAUUCGAUCCCAAAGAGAGGAUGACUUGGUCGGAACUAUACUAAAAAGAAUUUUUUUAAAAUAAGUCAGGGUAAACUCAAUCAAUAUUGGAUUUGCAAUUAAAAAGCAAUCAAGAUAUCUAUAGUGAAAUAUAAUGUGAAGACAAUUAAUUCAAAUAGGAUAUCUUCUUUGAUUGUUAAAAUAAUGAAUAGAUAGACAAAUAUUAAUUAAAGCUUCUGCCCAAUUAAGAGAACAAAAAUAUUGCAUCGUAUGUUUGCAAGAAUUUAAUAAAUUAAGAACAGAGGAAUAAAAUUCAGUAUUGGAACAAACUUAGAAACAUCUGCAUACUCUUGAAUAAACUCAGUAGCAAUACUACUAUGUUAAUGAAUACAAUUAAUUAUAUGGCAAAUGAACUAUUGUACUAUAGUUUAAACUCUGAAUUCAAAAGUUAUAUCAAUUAUCUUUGUGAUCUAAAUCAAAAAACAUAUGAUUACUUGAAAAAGGACACCAAUAAUCAUUUUUCAGAAUAUAUCCAGUUCGAAGAAUAUGUUACUUUAAAAAAAAAUAUUGAAACUGAUAUAGAAUUCAAGAUUAUCUAAAAAAAUAAGCAAACUUAACAAGAAUUAAUUAGUGAUUUGUUUUUUUUUGCAAGUCAAUAUUUAUAUUAAUUGAAACCUUUGGAUUUGAGAGAGUUUGAUUUUGGAUAGGAGGGCUUUUAUGAAUAGACUACGAAUAACAACAUUCUGAUCUAUAAUUAAAUCCUAGAAAUCAUAUACAAUUCUCAUGGCAGGAUGUCUGAACACAAUUCUUAAAAUUUCAAAUUGAUUUAGGGUCAAAUAUAUAGGAUUUUAAUUGAUUUAGCAAGAGUGAGAGCAAUGUUUGGAGCAGAUUGGAAGUGGAGAGAUGAAAAAAUCAAUGAGUUACGGCUUGAAGACUUUGCAAAAGAACCUGAUUUGCUGCCUUAAUAUUUGACUGAAAUCUUAUAAUUCUAUUAAUUAAGAUAUUAAUGA